AUGUCUGUAUUAUUUCAGACAGGAAAGUAUUUUCUCAGAAAAUCUUACAGUUAUAGUUUUUGUAAAUAUGUAUUGUUAAGAAAAAAAUCGGAUGUUCCUAGGAAGUUCAUAACUUUCGACGAGAUCGUAGCCCAGAGGAGAGCUGAGGCACGACGCAGUCUUGUCGUACAAGUAAAUUCUGAAUCAUCUUUCGACGAAUUGUAUGGUUAUUGCUCUAAAUACAGCUCAAUAAAAGAUGUUUACCAUUAUAAGAAUUCAGGUGAAGAGCAUUUCAUGCUAAUAGAAUUUAGUUCAGAAGAUAAUCUUCAGAGUAUUCUGCAAUCAUGUUGUUCUCAUCAAAAAGACCUGGAAGUGAUGGCGGUUCAAUCACCAUUUGUUUGGUUCCGAGCCUCAGAUGCCAAAGAGAAGCUGACUGCCAAUGGACUUGAACUUAGAGUAAAGGACGGCAACAAUAAAUACAGUGAAGAUGUGUUAUUUGAUGAUUUAAUGAAAUGCCAGACAGUGUCGGAACAGAUUCAGAUGUUGUAUGAUAAGACUAUACUGAAUGAUGUAGGAGCCAGGCUGAGGUAUAUGGUGGCAAGACAGUUGGAGGUGAUACUUAGCAGCUUGUACACUAAUAUCCAAGUGUUACCAUUUGGUUCGUCUGUUAAUGGUUUUGGUAAAAUGGGAUGUGACUUGGAUUUAGUUCUGACAAACUCAUUGACAGAUGAAAUGAUGUCUCCUUCAAACCGCCUGGUGUACCAGGAGAAGAGGUCUGAUAGUAGUCGAGGUCCGUGGCAGAGACACAUGGAGCUCGUGGGAGCCUUGUUGGAGCUGCGGGUCCCUGGCGCCGCAAGGGUGCAGCGGAUACUGAAUGCACGGGUCCCUAUAGUGAAGUACUCACAGGAACUUGUUGAUGUUGAUGUCGACCUCUGCUUUAAUAAUAUGUCCGGCGUCCACAUGUCGUCCUUACUAUACGCGCUAGGCUCGCUGGUCCCGGCGGGCCCGGCGCUGGCCGUCACAGUUCGUCGCUGGGCCGCGGCCGUUCAGCUGACCCAGCCUCACCCCGGCCGAUGGAUCACAAACUUUCCACUCACACUCAUGGUUCUAUUCUUCCUCAUGACACAGAAGAUCUUACCUACCUUCAGGCGACUGAUAGAAUGUGCCGGUAAGCAGGACGUCCGUGUCACCGAGGACAACAUAAACUGUACGUUCGUCCGCGACCUGUCCCGCCUGCCUCCUCACUCGUAUCAACCUUCAUCAGACAACCUCCAAACUCUUCUGCUCAAAUUCUUCGAGUUCUACUCCCAGUUCGACUUCCAAGAGCACGCGAUAUCUGUCAUCGAAGGUAAACCGAUCAGGAAGCCCAACACCCUGCCGCUGUACAUAGUGAACCCGCUGGAGCCCGCGCUUAAUGUGAGUAGGAACGUGAGCUAUGAGGAGUGCGAGAGACUUAAGAUGGAGGUGAGGAACGCGGCCUGGCAUCUGGAGGCGUGUCUGGACAACAACCAGGCAGAUGACUGGGGGAUACUGGGGCUCGUGGAGAAGAAGACCACCCGGGGAUUGAAGAAGCUGCUGCGGGCCGGGAACCAGCAGCGGCUCGUGUCUGUGAAGGACCUGUUCAAGGACGACCAGCCCGAGACCACACCCGGCUCUGAUAGAGAAGUACAGCCCACCAGAGAUAACAAACACGAUAGAGUCAAACUAAAGAACACACAGACGGCCAGAGAAGUGUACCGGAUACGGAGAGACAAACUGAUCUGA